AUGCCUAUCAUUCGCGUCGCCGUACCUCAGUGGGAGCCCGCCUGGUUUGACAAGGCCGCUACCACGCAGCGUGUUGUGGAGCUUAUCAAAGAGGCGGCUGACGGCGGCGCCAAACUAGUCGCUUUUGGCGAGCUUGCCAUCCCUGGAUAUCCCACUUACCUGUUCGGUGGACGAAUGGAAGACAUUUAUGCGCAUAACAUCGACUAUUUCAACAACUCUCUUGACCUCGAUGGUGCCGAGAUCCAUGCCAUCCGCAUCGCUGCCCAGGCGAACAAGAUCAUCGUCCACGUUGGCUUUUCGGAGAUUGAUGGCAAGACUCUGUACAUGGGAAACGUGGUCAUUGAUGAACACGGCGAAAUCAUUCUGCACCGUCGCAAAAUCAAGCCUAGCCAUUACGAGCGAACCCUCUUUGGAGAUGCGGGGCCAGAGAGUGUGGUUAAUGUGGUCGAGACAAGCAUUGGUCGCAUCUCAGUGUUGAAUUGUUGGGAACACUGUCAGCCACUGCUCAAGUACCACACCUAUUCGCAGAGGCCUCUAAUCCAUAUUGCCGCAUGGCCACUCCUCCACCGUUGGAGUGGCAAGGGACAUUGGGCAAUGUCCAACGAGGCUGGCCUCGCUGUGACGCGUACCGUUGCCUUUGAAGCCGGGGCCUUCACCCUCAUGUGCAGCCAGUUCAUGUCCAAGGCAGGCCUCGAGAAAAAUAAGGUCCACGGCCUCGUACUCAAGGACGAGGCAAAUGGCUGUGGCCCUGUCGUUGAAGGUGGUGGUGUCAGCCGGGUCUAUGGCCCCGACGGGUCACAGUUGACGGAGUCGAUUCCGGACACGGCGGAACAGAUCGUCUAUUCCGAUUUGGACACCGACAUGGUUUAUUUGACGGCCCAGGCGCAGGACGUAGUGGGCCACUACUCUCGCCCCGACAUCUUCCAGCUGGUCGUUAACAAGACCCCAGCUCCUCGGGUCGUCUAUCGCAACGAGGACGGCUCAGUCCACACUGUGACUAAAACAAUCACCCCGUUCAAGGCAAUUGCGAUCGGGACGGAGCAAGAAGGCGAGCGCUAG